CAUGGCUGCUGCAGCUGAAGGAAUACAUCUUACAAUGUGUACUUGUUGGUAGGGUGGCAUGGCUGCUGCGCAAAGUUGGGUUGGAGAAAGUGGCAGAAGCUGGGGCGCAAAACGCAUGGAACCUUCUCUUCUAGAAGCUGGGGCGCGCCUUCUUGUUACUAGCUUCCUUGGACGUUAUAUCUCUACUGGAUCUUUGAUUUUACUGGAGGAAGGGGGCAAAAUAUUUACUUUUGAAGGAAACAAGAGAAAAUCUUCUCUAAAAUUUGUUCUUAAAGUUCAUAGCCCUCAGUUUUACUGGAAGGUCAUGACACGGGGUGAUUUAGGCCUUGCAAGUGCAUACAUUGAUGGGGAUUUUUCCAUAACUGAAAAAAAUGAUGAUCUUUUGAAUCUUUUUAUGAUUUUCAUUGCCAGCAGAGAUUCAAAUUCCUCUGCCUCAAAGUUGAAUAAGAGAAGGGGCUGGUGGACACCAUUGCUAUUCACAGCUGGUUUAGCAUCUGCAAAAUAUUUUUUCGCACAUGUCUUAAGGCAAAAUACUCUUCAACAGGCUCGCAGAAACAUCUCUCGUCAUUAUGAGCUGAGCAAUGAGCUUUUUGCUCUGUUCUUGGGAGAAACAAUGCAAUACUCCUGUGCUGUAUUUGAGAAGGAAGAUGAAGACUUGAAGGUUGCACAGCUGAGAAAAAUCUCACUUUUGAUAGAAAAGGCAAGAAUUGAUGAGAAGCAUGAAGUUCUUGAAAUUGGGUGUGGUUGGGGAACAUUUGCCAUUCAACUUGUCAAACAAACUGGAUGCAAAUAUACUGGCAUCACUCUGUCUGAAGAGCAGUUGAAGUUUGCAGAGAAGAAAGUAAAAGACGCUGACCUUCAGGACCACAUUAGAUUUCUUCUUUGCGACUACCGCAAAUUGGAUGAUACCUACAAAUAUGACAGAAUUAUAUCCUGCGAAAUGAUAGAACAUGUUGGCCAUGAAUUUAUGGAAGUGUUUUUCAGUUGCUGUGAAUCAGUCUUAGCAGAAGAUGGGGUUAUUGUUCUACAGUUUUCAUCGCUACCAGAUGAACGCUACGAACAAUACAGGAAAAGUUCAGACUUUAUGAAGGAAUAUAUUUUUCCUGGUGCUUGUGUACCUUCAUUAACUAGGAUAACAUCAGCCAUGGCUGCUACAUCCAGACUCAGUGUGGAGCACGUGGAGAACAUAGGGGCUCAUUACUACCAAACACUCAGAUGUUGGAGAACAAAUUUUAUGGAGAGCCAAAGGGAAAUCCUUGCUCUCGGCUUUGAUGAAAAAUUCAUACGGACGUGGGAAUAUUACUUUGACUAUUGUGCUGCUGGUUUUAAAACAUGUACACUUGGAAAUUAUCAGGUUGUAUUCACACGUCCUGGCAACGUUGCUGCAUUUGGAAAUCCAUAUCAAAGUUUGCCUUCCGGAUUUGAUCCUAUUCUCGAAGGAGAAAUCGUACCUUCAUUUUAGCGGCAGGAGUUGAUGACCCUCUUCCUGGCGGAGCAAAAAGAUUGAACUCACAUGCUAUGGCUCACUGAUUUGAUUACUUUAUAUGUUCUAAUUUUCCAAGUAAAAAAUGAUGAACGAUGGCUUCUUAAUUUUGGGGUUAAUUUGUAACAUGCAUAAUGAUGAAUAAUAGACCCCACGAAUAAUCCAACUCGUUUUCUUUUUUC